UUCUUGGUACACUAAGUUUUUUCUACCACGUUGAUCAGCAAUCAAGUCCAUUAGCCAGGCCGGAAGCGGAGACCCCAGCACCCUCCGCGCGGAGCAGGAAGUACGAAAGGGAGGUGCAUACUCGCCGGAAGCCGAGCCCCGGACACGCCCACCUGCCGGAAGCCCCGGUGGUGUUUCUCCGACUGGGUUGCUCUUUGACAGGAUCGGUGCGGAGGCAGACAGGCGGCGGGGUCAGGGCGGAGGCUGAGGACCAAGUAGGCAUGGCGGAGGGCGGGAGCCCCGAUGGGCGGGCCGGCCCGGGACCCGCAGGUCCUAAUCUGAAGGAGUGGCUGAGGGAGCAGUUCUGUGACCAUCCACUGGAGCACUGUGAAGACACGAGACUCCAUGAUGCAGCCUAUGUAGGGGACCUCCAGACCCUCAGGAACCUACUGCAAGAGGAGAGCUACCGGAGCCGCAUCAAUGAGAAGUCUGUCUGGUGCUGCGGCUGGCUCCCCUGCACACCACUAAGAAUUGCAGCCACUGCAGGCCAUGGGAACUGUGUGGACUUCCUCAUACGCAAAGGGGCAGAGGUGGACCUGGUGGAUGUCAAGGGGCAGACUGCCCUGUAUGUGGCUGUAGUGAACGGGCACCUGGAGAGCACUGAGAUCCUUUUGGAAGCUGGUGCCGACCCCAACGGCAGCCGGCACCACCGCAGCACUCCUGUCUACCAUGCCUCUCGUGUGGGUAGGGACGACAUCCUGAAGGCUCUUAUCAGGUAUGGGGCAGAUGUUGAUGUCAACCAUCAUCUGACUCCUGACACCCGGCCCCCUUUUUCAAGGCGGCUAACCUCCUUGGUGGUCUGUCCUCUGUACAUCAGUGCCGCCUACCAUAACCUUCAGUGCUUCAGGCUGCUCCUGCAGGCUGGAGCAAAUCCUGACUUCAAUUGCAACGGCCCUGUCAACACCCAGGAAUUCUACAGGGGCUCCCCUGGGUGUGUCAUGGAUGCUGUCCUGCGCCAUGGUUGUGAGGCAGCCUUUGUGAGCCUGCUGGUAGAGUUUGGAGCCAACCUCAACCUGGUGAAGUGGGAAUCCCUGGGCCCAGAGGCAAGAGGCAGAAGAAAGAUGGACCCUGAGGCCUUGCAGGUCUUUAAAGAGGCCAGAAGUAUCCCCAGGACCUUGCUGAGUUUGUGCCGUGUGGCUGUAAGAAGAGCUCUUGGCAAAUACCGACUGCAUCUGGUUCCCUCGCUGCCGCUGCCAGACCCCAUAAAGAAGUUUCUGCUUUAUGAGUAGCAUUCAGAUGCUGCGCUGACUGUAGUGAGGAAGCCGAUCAUCUGCAGUGAAAACUGACAUGGACUCUGGACUCUGGUGUGCUGGGAACCAUGGCCUGUGCUGACAACUUGGUCCUUGGCUGUCAGUGAGGAAGAAACGGCCAUGUUCUCUUGGACUGUGAUUCCAUCUCAGGUGCUUGGGCCAUCGAACGCUCCUUGAGUCAUUGUCAACUGAGAGGCGCAUACAAACUUAAUUUUGUUCCUCUUUAGUCUCUCUGUUUUGGAUUCUUCCUGGCACAUAGUAACAAAACGGCCUGUGAAAUGUGUGCAGUGUGGGCUGAGCCUGGGGACGACCCCAGUGGGGAAGGCUUUUUUCUCCAGAGCUAUGCAUCUAUUUAUGUUCCUACUUUGCAACUUACUGUUUUUUAAGGCUUGAUACCCAAACAAAAAGAGAAGCUUGUUAAGAAAAGAUGUGGGGAGCAUGAGUGUGGUUCAUGCACUUGCUAGCCUGCUUUCUUGCCUGGAGUUGUCUGUACGUGCUGCCGAUGCUUGUCUGUACGUGCUGCCAGGUGCACAUCCCUUCUCAUGGCUGCAGUCUUCAGUCCAGGAUGGCUUCUGGGCUGCUAUUUUAAUACAUUGAGGUCCCAGAACAGUUUCCACAGGGCAGCACCUGCUCGGCCAAGGGUUUUCUGAUGUCUCACCCUGGGGAUCUUCAGACCUUUAGGAGACCCACCUGGAACUAACCAGUGACUGCCUACAUUCAAACCAGGGACCAUCCUAAUAGCACUCACUGCCAGUCCUCACAAGAUAAGAUGACACAGGGUGCUCUCUUCAGAUCCUCCCAUACAGGAAGUGGGAAAUGUCUUGCUCACUUGAGUGGUUCCAGGCUACCACAGCUUCUUGGUGUCCACCAGAUAGGACAUCUGGGUGUUGUGUGACUGUUUCUCCUACUUUCUGGCCCUAUGCCUUUGUGGUUGCUCCUAGAGGUCUUUCCCUGUCCUGCCCAUGGUUGUUGGUGGGUGAGAGAGAAGAGCUUAUUGCAGGUGUGCUUAGCUCGUGAGGUGUGAAAGUUACGAGCAGGUGGGUCAGGAACCGAGGCCCUGAGCGUCCCUAGGUUGCUCCUGGUUCAGUGAAAUCGCCUUUUGUCAUUUUGGAGCCUGUUAGGACCAUUGUGUGGAUCUGUGAUGAUUAUAGACUUGAGAACGUUUACGGACAAGCAGAUACUCAAUCUGUUUAGAUUUUUGGCCAUAAAAGGGAUUUAACUUGUAAUACUUUGCUAUUGUACCAUUUUGUGUUUUAGCUGACCAGUCAGGCAGUGGUGGCCUUUGUAUUCUGAGGAUGGAGUUCCAAACCCCACCCUAGUGUCUCAGGAAGGCCCUGUGCAACAACACCAAGCUGGUCCAAACGUACUUCAUGAGUGUGAUGGGCCUUGCCCAGGCCUGGACAGCGAGUACUGUGUCUAGGGCAGGAAUGCGCAGGGCUAGAACCUGUGUGGCCCCGGCCAUAGCUCUUCACUUAGACUUGAGUAGCUUCUUCCGUUCUAGGGUUUUCAGAAUCUCAGCACUUCAGGGCUCUUCUGCUUGUUCAAAGCUUCCAGCUAGCAACUCUGAAUGUGACACAGCAUUGGCUCUGACUGAGGACGCUUUCCCUUGUCUCCAGUAGUGUUAUGAAAGUGCUGCGUGUCGCUGCUGCUGUCAGGAUGAGGUGCAGGGUAGGAAAGAGUAGCACUAUUGCUGUGAGCACCCCAGGUUCAUGAGAGGCACCGUGGGAAGUUGAUGUGACCUCACUCGGUGAGGACUGACCCUCUACUCAGCAGACUUCUGAGCACUGGUCACUUGUGUCCUCCCUAGCAUGGAGGUGUGGUAGGCCUGGUCCAAAAGUAUCACAUGAGUUUUGAUGGCUGAGCUGGGCCCAGCAGAAGAACUCUGUGGCCUGAUGGCGGUCCCAGCUCGUUGAAGGAGUGCCUGUGUGAUUGUUGCUGCUACUGGGGCAGCCACUUGAUUUGAAUGAAGGCCGGUGCAUCCAAUCUUGGCCAGCCAGGUUGGAACCAGUGCUGAUUCCUCACAGUUUAUCUUUGCACUAUUGGGCUUUUACACAUAUGUCCAGAAACCUGCCAAUGCAAUGCCAUACCCUUUCUUAGCUAUUGUACUUGUGAUGUCUGUCUAUUUAUUUAUUUAUCUAUUUAUAUAUAUAUAUUUAUUUAUUUAUACUCUUCUUCCAUAAGAGGUCUGGUCCAAAAGUAUCACAUGAGUUUUGAUGGCUGAGCUGGGCCUAGCAGAAGAACUCAGUGGCCUGAUGGCGGUCCCAGCUCGUUGAAGGUAGAGAGUCUUGUCUUGUUUUGACAGAAGGUAAAUUUAGGCAAAAAUAUUGGUAAAAUAGGUAAUUAGUAAUGUUCAGAUGUUGACCAGUGCUGUUGUCAGGUUUGAGGACUGUCGUUUCAAACUUUCCCCUUUUCUCUUUCAUGAAUGAUUUUUUAGAUUAAAAAUUUCCGGAAAGAAAACAUACUGACAAUGGGCCUGAGCAGGGGGACAUUAUGCCUGAGAGCUGCCCUGCUCAGCCAGGCUCCAUGGCAGGCAGGAAGAGCUUCCGUGGACACUGCUGAGGGCCUGUGAAGAGCUGACACCUGCAGGCACUUUGGGAGUGGUCUCUGUCCUGAGGGAACUGCUUCUUAGUGGAAGUGCGCUCAGGUGGUCCCAGUGCUGAGAGCCCACAGUCUGGAGAUGUGGGAUUGACCUUGUGGGGCAGUUAGAUCGUCUCAGCCCACAGUGCAGCACCAGCAGAGAACAGUGCAGGCGAAAGGGUAAGGAUAGCUUGUAAUACUUGAGGAAAACAAGUUUCCUCAGCUGACUGGAUUGUCUUAUUCUUCAGUCAUGUCCUUCCUGACAAAUAACAGAAGGCAUGCUCAAAGGGAUGGUAUGGCUGUGCAUGUACAACACUCCUGACUGUAGCCUGCCUGGUGGCUUUCCCUCUGCCUGUGCGGCCUGAGAAGUCUAGUCAGGCUUUGAUGGGCCUCUGCCACCCUAGACCCAUGAGGUCGUCCACAGAAAGUCAGUGUGGCCUUUUUGGUAAGGCUUGCUUGCCCCUCACUCAGGCUUUGGGAACCAGUGGCACUUAGGACACUGGUGAUGUCACCAGUGGUGGUCUGCUGGUACCUUUGUCUCCUUGGUGCCUGGGCACCAGGCACUUGGAGACUAAUCCUGACCUGCAGGGGUCUAAUGACUUUCUCUCAGCACAGAGCGAUUCCUGGAAGUGCCUCUUGACUUGGGAGCACCUUUCUUUCUCUCGCUCAUUUUCGCCUCAUUGCUCUCCCUCCCAUAGUUCCUUGGUGUGCAGUAAAGCAGUAGGUGCACGAGCAUAACUGGUUAGGGAUUCUCAGUCAUCCCAGGAAAGUCCCACAGACGGGCACCUGCAAGCUUUGAGCUGGGCGGUGAUCCGUGGACUUUACUAUACACUGCAGCCUGACAAAGGACGGUGGGGUGGGGAGAGCGCAGGAAAACUGCUGCACACGGCACCGUGUCAGCCAUGCAUGGAUCUCUUUUGUACUGGGGAUCGAACCAGAUCCUGUGCCUGUGAGGCAAGCACUCUACCACUGAUCUGUAUCUUUGGCCUCUUUAUUUCUUAGCUAAGCCAAACAACGGAAGGAUGUUUGUAAAUCUCACUCGAGAUUGGCAUUUAUGAACCUAGCUGUCUUGCAAUGUGACAAUUUGCUUCUGACAUCUUGCCAGCAGUGCCCUGUUCUCUUCCUUCAGUGUCUGUACAGCGUCCACUACUUCUGUUGGUGUAGGGCAUGUGUAGUGUAUCACACACUGGGGCCUGUGUGCUUGUGCUGAAGACAUGUUCACUGCAACCUUCCAUUUCCUGUUUGAAGAUGAAUGAGUGCUUGUUUGCAGUGGCCAGGACUGACUGUUUUUUGCCCUUGUGCCUAGUUAAGAGAUUUCAAAAGUAUAAUGACAUUUUUUAUACAUUGUUAUAAUAAAUGUUUUAUUGCCCUCUGA